UUGACUGCUAAGACAAAAGUUGUAAAAGUUUAAACAGAAUCAUCCUGACAGUUUAUUCAUGAUCUCACUCACGUCAUCCACCAUUAAUAUGUCACUGACCUUGCUUGAAUAUCUAUAGCUCAACUCUGUGGGUAGGAGGUGGAAGUGAUAGAGUGAGGGAAAACCAUGCCUGAGAACCUAGGAUGUGUGUUGGUGGCUGUCGAUGGCAGCGAAGAAAGCAUGAAAGCUUUAAUUUGGGCAAUCGAGAACGUCAAGCUUCGUCCAGAAGGAUCUAUAGUGAUUAUUCAUGUUCAAUCACCGCCAUCAAUCGCCGUCGGUCUCAAUCCCGGUGCUAUCCCCUUCGGUGGCCCUAGUAGUGUGGAGGUGCCGGCGUUUACUGAAGCUAUUGAGGCGCACCAGCGGCGGAUCACUGAUGCUAUCAUAAAUCAUGCUAUGAAGAUUUGCGCCGAUAAGAAUAUGGAAGUGAAGACACAUAUAGUGAUUGGGGAUCCUAAGGAGAAAAUAUGUGAAGCAGUUGAAGAGUUGCAUGUUGAUUUGCUUGUAAUGGGAUGCCGCUCUUUUGGUCCCAUCAAGAGGAUGUUUUUGGGAAGUCUUCAUUGGAGGAUCCUGGUCAACACAAGUCAAUUCUCUUCUAAUAAUCUUCCAUUCUUGGCAAAAGCUAUAGUAUCUGGUGCCAAAAUUUGGUGA